UGUCUUUGACGAAUUCAUACCAGGAGAUGAUAUCGCGUCGACGGCUCAAAGAUAGCAGAGGGUUCUAUGUAGAGGGUUUAGAAAAGAGGGAGAAUGCUCGAUGAGAAGUUUAGAGAUGCCUCUGACGAGUUCUACUCUCUUGACGUUCAAUGGGGCCUUGCAUGGUGAAUGACAGAAAAAGACGGGUGACCAGCGGUUUGGGAAAGAAAUUUCGCGUGGCUGUUGCGAGGUCCUGGAAAGAAAGGCGAGAAACAAGGAGAAUGCGACAGGGUGAGUCGCCGAGGUAAACGAGGAGAGAAAAUUGAAGUCACGGAAGAGGAGUGCGAAGUGGUUAAUGGAGGGGACGAUGGAUGAACGCAGGACGGUUCGUUAUCGACGACCUCGAAGGUUUUGACCAAUCAAAGGGCUCAGCGAUACCACGAUCAUCUUGUUUGGACCGCCCAUGAUCUCGUGCCAUUGGAUACUGCGCUGUUUCCCGUUUAGACCUUGCUGGUGGGGAAAGACUGGCGCGCGGAGUUCGUGGAUCGUCGGCAGGAGUCGAGACGUGCGUGCACAUUCCCAAAACUAUCGUCCGCGGAGGCAGAUUGAGCGUCGUGCACGUCGUGAUCGUCCUCGUGCGUCGCUACCGAACGCGACUAGCCGUUUCUCGAACACGGUUCCCGUGCAUUUUACGCGACCGACGCUUGCUCACGAUUGUUUUGUUCGCGAAGGAUGUCGUUGGACCGUGUCCAGUGUCGCGACGCGAAUAUCUGAUCGGUAAACGGGAAGGAAAAGUGUUGAACCGUGUAGCAUAGUGAUAUUGAGACUCGAGUGGAUGGCCUGACAUGACAGUGUAGUGACUUACUUUUGCUUCUUUGUUGUUGAUUUCCGUUGCUGAUAUAUUUCCUUUGGAAACUAGACGAGACGAGAGUCUCAACCACGGCAGCAAAAUUGAGCUGGACUUGCACCAACGGGCCGCCGGCCACUUUAUGAGAGCCGGCGGCAACAUGUGCGACGGCUCGUUCACCGAGACCCUGCGCGGUAUGCAGGGCAUGUCGGGUACGUCGCCACCCGGUGGAGCGGGGGUCGGCCCCAUGGGGGUUGGCCUCGGCAGCCCUCUUGGGCCGACCGCGAAGAAGGCGCAGGUGGAACACAUUAAGAGGCCGAUGAACGCAUUCAUGGUAUGGUCACGAUUACAACGACGGAAGAUCGCGCAGGAGAACCCGAAGAUGCACAACUCGGAGAUAUCCAAGAGGCUCGGUGCCGAAUGGAAACUCUUAACCGAGGACGAGAAACGACCCUUUAUCGAUCAGGCGAAAAGGUUAAGAGCACAGCACAUGAAGGAACACCCCGAUUACAAGUACAGACCUAGAAGAAAGCCGAAAACCUUACGAAAGGAAGGUUAUCCUUACAGUAUUCCGUAUCCUAGUGUGCCCAUGGAUGCGCUCCGAGCUGGAAUGGCUGGUGGAAUGGGACAGGCAGGAAUGGGAUCGUAUUAUGGUCCCGCGGCCGCUUAUGGUUCACUCUCUGCAGCCAGCAUGGCCGCAGCCGCUGCUGCAGCAGCACAGCAGUCCGCAGCGGCGAUGUCUGCGGGUCUAGCAGCACCUGCUCAGGUGGUGAGUUCGAUGGAUGCCAUGAAGUACUCGAUGGAAGCCGACAAGUACCGAGCAGCAUACAUGCCGCCGAGCACUCUGGCGAUGAGCAUGUACUCCGACCCCAAGUACCUGGACUCGAGUCCAAAAUCGUACCUAGACCGGAGCUACUUAGACUCCGCGAAGGCGUAUUUCGAACAAUCGAAGCUCUACAUGGACCAGAAGCCUGCGAUCACCGACUACAAUCGGCCUAGUUACGAACACAACAAACUUUACGAAGAGUCCAGCCCCGGUAGUAUCGUCGGUGGUGGUCCAACAAGGUCACCAGCCGCUGAGUCUCCGGACAUGAGCAAACAGCACGAGAGGACCGAGCAAGGUUCGUCUAGCGCGAGUUCUACGUCUACCUCGUCGGCUGCGAGUCCUGGUGCCAGUCUGCCAGCCUAUUAUCCAGGCUCGGUGCAAACCAGCGGUCUAUUAGGACCCCAGAUGAGCCAAUACGGCGGCUAUCAAACAGCUCCAGCGCCUGGAAACGAAUCGUUCAGACGACCCCUCACUGUCAUCUUCUGACCCGAUAGAACGUAGCUCUGAUCCAUCUUCGAGGAGCAGUUGCCCUGAGUUCGGUCCACCGUUUCCAGAGGUUUAUACAUGUGACGUAGGUAAUGGAUAGACUGUGGGUGUUUGUGUAUAUGGUGUACAAAUUAUAGGAAAUAUGAAGAGUAAAAUUUGCAAAAUGUCCAAGAUAAAGUUAAUAUUUGUUAUAGCGCUUGGUAGAUAAAACAAGCCUGUAUUUAGGUUCGUUCCCUUUGAUUUUAGUUAUCCAAGUACGUCCGAAUUUUCAUAAACAUCCGCAGUCUAGUAAUGGAUAUUGAUCUGGCUUCAGAGUGAUUUCUUGCUUUUGGAAGCUGGUUCUUCAAGUUUUUAAGAAAGGAGGAAUUAUAAAACCAUGGAAUUAUGUCUUGAUGACUGGGAUUGUUCCUGUUUUUAAUGAGAAAGAGCAAAGUAGUUGAACUUUUUACGCUACUAGGUAUCUUUGGCAUCCUAAUAUAUUUUUCUUUUGUUUUCGAAAUGGUUAACGAAAGAGAUUUAUUGAAAUUGUUAUAUGUAAUUAAUUAAACGAAUGUCAGUAAUGAUCUGAAGCAUAUAACGAUAUUUUAUUUGAGAAUUGAAUUGAAUCUUUUUGUAACAUAUGACAUACGUCGUUAUCUUUAUUCUGUUUUAAUUUACAUAUCCGUUAUCUUAUUGUUAUACUUUAUUAAUAUACCAUUCUACUUAGCCCUCUAUAAUUUCGGAAAAAGAACAGAUACUUUCUAUAAAAUUAUUUUUCUUAGCUAUCAUUUUUAAAUGCGAGAGUUAAAAUGAAAAUUUAUAGAAUUCCGAAAUUUGUUAAAGGGUAGCUAGUUUUAGGAACAUUAAUUAUUGGUUCAUCCUCAUAAUUCUUAUUUUUAGUAUUUUUGGUACACAAUAUAAGUUGAUACACUGAAUUCAGAAUAAUCGAAAUGCAAAACAUCUACAAUAUCUACAUCUGGUAUGAAGAACAAUGAUUAAAUAAUGCAAGUAACAUAUAGAGAAUCCUCUUUUGACACAAAAAUUCAGACACCUGUACAGUAAUUUCAAUCAUCAAAGCAAUUGUUGAAUCUCAAGAUAAAAUAUCAAAUGAACCUCCUAGAGUCAUCUUAAUUCUCAAGAAUGAUCUCUGAAGCUGUAACAAAAGAAAACUCGUCCAAAGGAAUAUCUAACGUCUUGGACCAACCAAUAUAUUCACGAAGAAUAUCAUGGUGAAAUCAGGGCUAUCAACGAUGCAGAUCGUUGAAAGCAACAACGAAGUCGAUACUCUCCGUGUUCUAGCCAUCCCCAAGCGUCAGAUUCGACGCGUGACGAUUAUUUAUCGCAAAAAUAGGGUUUCCAUCCUCGAAAUGGAAUUAUAAAGAGAUUGUACAUAGUCCCCGUGUAAAUAGUGUAGCGAGGAUUAUUAUCGCGCACGACGCUCGAAAACGGUUUUCCUUCACCCCCUGUUCCCAGUGUUUCCUUUUUAAUCGACAGAAGCACCUGCAUUUUCGUUCAGGUUAAUUCUAAAGUUUCGCAGUAUAAACCUAUCGAUUAAUAUUCUUUCGAGUCUGUCACCUUGUCCUUUUUAAUCAAGUUAUUUGAUUUAAAACAGUUUGAAACAUUUUAUUAAUACGAGCCUGUUAUAUUAUUAGACUCGAGAUAUAAUUUUAACUCCUAAACGAAUCAACUUUUCAAUUGUUCUUUGAUUUUCUUUAAUAUCAUUUUCUUAUUCUUUUCAGUUGUUCUUUCAUUGUUUUUGAUAUUAUUUCCCGUAGAAUAUCUACUUGAACUGAAACGAUUUGAAUCCAAAUACAUAAACUGGACUAAUCUGAACGAAGUUUAUUUAGCACACAUAUAAGUAUACAUGUACGCAGAAUCCCAAGGAUCUUCCCUUUUCCUUUACAUCCUGCUUCGACUAUCGAACAUCGAACUCCAAAACGGAAUCGACAUAUCCCUUCUAAUUACCAGUAGCAUUAGAUAAUUACCAAUUCCAUGGUAUUUCGUUUCGAACGAACUUACACAGAAACAGAGAGCAGGAUGAGCAGAAAGUUUCGUGCAACGGAACCGUUAAAAGGAGAACGUGAUUUUCGUGCGGUCGUUUGAUUCGUAAUCGCUGUACAUAGACCCCUUCGAUUUGUUAGAAAAAAAUGCGUCGUCACGUCCUCUUCCCUCAUUUUCUUGCUUUUUUCCCAUUUUUCAAUCGAGAAAAGGCCAAGAAAAUUUCCUUCGCCUUUCGUUCGUCGUUUAGUAUUAAAAGUAUUUACAGAUGACGACGUGGUAAAAAUUUGUUGAUCGUUUCCGAAUGAGAACUGAUAUAACGAUCCUUUCGUUUAAAUUUUUAGCUAUUUAUUGAUCAUCAGAAUUCUAUUAUAAUAAUAAUUAUUUUUUUACUUAAUAUGUUGACCAUUGAAUGAAUAUAAAUCAACUUGUACGUCCAUCGUGCAUAAUGUCCGAUAACCUGUGAAACAGAUGAUUGAAAAUCGCCAGAGAAUCUGUUAAAUAUUAUCGCUUCUUUCUUGGUUGUUCUCUUUUCUUUUAGUUUUGUGUUUGUUUAAUUCUUCAACAAAAAUACUUAUCUAGUACUUUCUUCAGCUCAUUUCUUGUUUUCUUUCAAACAUCCCAGUUGUUUUUAAUGUAACCGUUCGGUUGAACGAUUUCACGAGAGAAAGAGUGAGAGUGAAAAAGGGAGAGAGAGAGAGAGAGAGAGAGAGAGAGAGAGCUUUUAUAGACGUUUCGCGAGCGGAAGAGAAUAGAAAUGUUAGAGAUGACGAAGAAGAAGAAUGAUAGAAUGAGAUACGCUUUCGUGAAACGUCCAUGACCCGCUGUAAUCUUUAUACUUGUAUCGUUACGAUAAACCUCUUAAACUAUACCGAUUAUUCGAGUAUUACGACUUUAAAGCGGCAGAAGUAAUCUAUAAAUAUUGUAUUGUAAGUGAGAAAAGCAGAAAUAAACGUUAAGUAUUAUCCUUCGAA